AUGGCUUUUAGUUUCAACUUCGGCGGAGACGAUAUUGAUCAAAGCGUCGAUCAAGAUGUGCCAAUCUUUGAUGCACCUUCAGAAGUCAAUGCGACAAAUGAGGAGCAAACACCACUCGUCAAUGUCAUGCAACACGACCUGAGACAACUAUACGAAACCCUGCCGGACAGAUUAUGCUACAGCACAGCUCAAAUCGUCUCACCGACCGGAAAAGUGCUUCUCCUUCCGCGACGAGAACUUUUCGACAUUCGCGUCCAACUCAUGUCCGAAGCUUCUGCGGAGAACGACAACGACGCGACUCUGCGUGACUUGGAGCAAACAGACUUGCGGACAAACGUCUAUGAAGGUGGCUUCAAAACUUGGGAGUGCAGUGUUGAUCUCUCAAGUUUGCUUCUGGAUCGCGGUCCGCGCAAGGAUAUUGAUGAGCUUGUGCGCUGUGAUGGGGUUGUGGAGCUGGGCGCUGGAUCUGCUUUGCCGACUCUGACGCUAUUCCAACAUUGCUUGAAGAAUGGCAUUUCUCAGACUUUCACACUUACGGAUUACAAUAGCAGUGUGUUGAGAUUGGUGACGUUGCCGAAUCUUAUCCUUACUUGGGCGGCUACUACUUCACCACCAUUGAUUGAUCUGGCCGCUGAACCUUCAGGUGACUUGGAGAAUAUUCCUGCUUUGUUCCCUGAAUUCCUGGCCUCUCUUGCUGCUUCGCGCAUCCAACUCUCCUUCAUCUCGGGACCAUGGGGCCCAACACUUGCUUCUCUGAUCCCUGAGUCAGCACCGGAUAUGGGCAGCUUGAUUCUUGCCAGCGAGACAAUCUACAGUCCUGCUUCAACAACAGCAUUUGUUGACCUUCUCAUCCAAUUGUUGAGCCGAACGAAAAUGGCAAAAGCGGUCGUGGCUGCAAAACGAUUCUAUUUUGGUGUUGGAGGCAGUGUUGAUCACUUGAAGGAGGUGUGCGCAGAGAAGGGUGCUGUUGCACACGAAGUCGAAAACUCUGGCGUUCCAGGCAUGGACUCGGGUGUUGGAAGAGCGCUUGUCGAAGUACAGAUGUACUGA